UCAGAUCCACACAGGAGCGAGCGCGACUGGCAGCACUGGACACUGACCAAAACAAAACAGAAACACGAAGAGCAAGCCAACGCGUGGGACAUUGCACAGCGUGGAAACACGAAGCACAGCACAGCACAGCACAGCACAGGACUGCACUGCACAGGACUGCAAGCCAGACAGGACCCUCGAGUGAAACCCCGCUGAGCAAUAAGAGAGAGAAAAUAAGAGCAACGUGAAGAACGUGACUUUGGACAGGCUCCUGAACAUCAGUGAGGAUAAAAAGAAGCAGCUUUGGUUGAAAUUUACCUGAGUUUCAUAACCUUUCUAACAACUGAAAAGAGCAGUGCAAGAUUUACAUAACCGUUUAUUCUUUUUAAUUGAAACGACUAAGCUGUAACAACUUUUCUAUACCAUUUGUUAAAUUAUUUAAUGCUUGUGCUGUACUCCCAAGAGGCAGUGCUGAGAUAUUUUUUAAUUCAUUGGAAAGUUGGUUUAUAAAAUCUGAACUUAGGCUCUUGGUGUGGGGGGAAAUAAUGAGUGAGUGAGCUAGUUAAUCUUAAAAUCCAUCUUUCGACUGCAGUUAACGCCCAGUUUAAUUUAGCAAUGCUAACAGUUUGAUACAAACAAAAAAGUGACGACUGCAUUUAAUUUUUUCAAAAUGUACUAGCGAAGGAAACAAAACAUGUGGGACAUGUUGUAGCAAAUCUGCAUUUUACUCUCUCAUACCCAGUUUAGAAUGCAAGCUGUAUAAGUAAAAGUGUAAAAACUCGGCCGAUGCCAAGUAGUGUAAUGUGAGUUGACAGUCCGCUUUGUGGAAUUUCCUUUCCCCCUUUUUUCUGCAAAAGUAGUUUAAUGAGGUGAACAGAGGUUUCCAUAAAGCAGGGCUCUGGUUUCCGCCUGUAUCUUUUUUUUUUUUUCUGUUCGUGUGAGUUGAAAGAGUAUAAAAUGAGUAGGUGAGGGAGCAGCAGGGAGAGAGAGCUGGCACCAAGUGCUGCUUCUGGUGCUUUGGGAUAACGAGCGACCGUCCUGGCAGCUGUACCCUGCAUCGCACACCCGCUACGUCACCCACAGACGCUCGGCAACACCAAUCAGCCAUCCAGAAAACAGAGCAAGAGGGUGCUGGACUACAGAGCCCGAACUCUGGAUCCUGGCCAUGAGGUUUGAUGCCUCACUCCACUGACUGGAGACACUGGACCUAAAUGGCGCAGCAUGACUUUGUUCCUGCCUGGCUUAACUUCUCUACACCCCAGCCUGCCAAGUCCCCCGCACCCAUGCUUGAGAAACAUGGAGAGCACUUUUCCAGAGGAGAGGGCCGCUUUGGAGUAAGCCGCAGACGACACAACUCUUCCGAUGGAUUCUUUAACCAUGGCCCUCUUCGCACCACUGGGGAUGGCUGGCAACAACCUUCCCUUCUCCGACACGAUUCGGUGGACUCUGGUGUUUCGAAAGGCCCCCACACUGGGCUGAUCAGUAACCAGGGCUGGAAGGAGAACUCCAGCUGGCAUAGUGCGCCGCGGGGCCCCGAGGCAGUGAACCACCGUCACCACCACCGCGCCCCGCAGCGGCACGGGAACGGCAGCGUGCACCCCCGCAAGGGGCCCGCCUUCCAGGACAAGCAGGCUGCCCAGGCCAGGGGGGAGAAGGGCCCCAAGGGGGCGAAGCUGAAGUUCAUGGAAGAGGAUUUUCCAUCCCUCAAUCCAGAAGCAGGAAAACAAACCAACCAGAGCAGACCUCUGGGGACCCCAGCUGGAGUGUGGGAGAACCCUCCCAGUGCCAAGCAGAGCGUUUCAAAGAUGCUGGUCAUCAAGAAGGUUUCGAAAGACGACCCCUCUGCUGCUUUCUGCGCAGGGUUUGCAAUCGCAGGACCCCUCCCUGCAAACGGAAACAAAACCCACGUCACCGGACCCAGCGUUUACAAAAACCUGGUGCCCAAACCAGCAGCUCCCCCAACUAAGGCAGGUCCAUGGAAACCCAAUGGAAGGGAAAUUAAAUCCGGUUUACAUUUCUCAGGCCGGGACUCCGCCUUCACCAGCCCCGUAUCCGCGACCAAACCUCUUGUUCAAAUGAGCAGCUCGAGUCACACGUCCCUGAAGGAGACUCCCUCCAGCACCACCCCUCCUAUGGACAUCAACCCACCUCGCCUGGUGAGGCUGAUGCGCCGCAGCACUGACAGGAAGAGUGAGUUUCUGAAGGCUCUGAAGGACGAGAGGAACGGGGGCGUCUCUGCCUGCCAGAGCCCCUCUGCCCAGGAGGAAGGUGAAAGUAGUACACCUGAACCAAAAGAAUAUGGUGAAGGAAAUUGCCAUCAGAACGGUCUUUCUCUCUCGCUCAGCGACUCAGACACUGACCACCUGUCUAGCUCUUUGGAAGCAGAGCAUAGGUUGUUGAAAGCCAUGGGGUGGCAGGAGCACCCAGAAAACGAUGAGAACUGUCUGCCGCUGACUGAGGAUGAGCUGAAAGAAUUUCAGGCUAAAACUGAGCAGCUGAAGAAAAAUGGCUUUAGAAAGAACGGACUCCUCUUGAAGAACAACAGCAGUGCUUUUCAGCUUGGUCACUGGAGAAGCCCACUGGAAUUGGAAGAGGGCUCAGAGACAGAAACCAGCAGCAGCGAGACCUCGGCUGACGAAACCUAACGUGGCUUUAACCUUUUGCUGUCUCUUUGUUGGCUUUUUUUCAUGCACAAGGGAAAGUAAUCGUAUCCCACUGUUUUUUGUGUUGUUUUGUUGUUUUUUUUUUUAUUUAGAAAUUUUGGCUUGUGAAGCUUUUUUUUUCCUUUUCAUUAAUUUUAGUUUUUGCCCCAGUUUUAGGCUUCACUGAAACGUCUUUUGAAUAUUUAGGAAAAGGGCAAUGCACACUGGAUUUUUUUUUUUUUUUUUUUUUUUU